GUGAACCCACCCUUCAGUGAGAGUAAAAGGCCCGAGAAGAGUUAACUGAACGGGGCCAGCAGCCCAAAAGCACUACCUCGUAAAUCAUGUUCAUUUCCAGUCAACCACCGCCUCGCCGCCGUCAAACAUUGGAGAUGUCUUCAACCCCGCCACGUUGACUAUUGCUUCUUGCCGAAAUUAGUUUUUAGAAGUAGAAAAAAAAAAAUUUCUCGUCAUUUUUUUGAAUCUCGUCGAAACCCAAACCCUAGUUUUACUUAAUCUAAUAAAUCGUCUUCGAACUACAAAUUAGUUUCGAUCUCUGCGUUUCCUUCUUGCACUGCGUAAACCCUAAGCUUCGAAUUCGAAAUCCAGCUUCUUUCUGUAACCAAUUUGGUGUAGAAAUGAUUACUGGGUUUAUGAUUUUGUGAAGAAAAUGAUGUGCUUUUUGGACCAGCUUUUGGGGUUUGGAAUUCGAUUUGGUUCUGCGGAUGAUUUCAUUUCCACAGGUUAAAGGUGCUUACCCGGAUCCAAAUAUUUCCCAAGAAAUUUUCGUGGAAUGGGUAGAGAUGGGUUUCUCACUGUGAUCUUCUUGUUCUUGAUUGUUGCGAAUCCCUCAAGUGCUUGGAGUUUCCGAAAAUUAAUCAGUGGGAAGCCAAAGGAUAAGUCUUCUGAAACAAAUAUUUCACCUUUGCCUAACCCUGUUUCGGAGUCGAAAGCUAAUCCAAUUGACGGUGGUAAGCCGGGAAAAGAGCAGUUAGAUGAUGAUAAGAAUACGAAGGGCUCUGUAAAUGAUGCUAAUAAUAAAGCUUCUGCAAAUCCACCGCCUGCGGCGUGGAUAGAUGAUGAUAAGAAUCAUGGAGAGAAGGACGGGAAAACCAGUUCACAAUCUGGUGGUAAUAGGACUUGCGAGGGUUCAGAUAAUAGAUGCGAUGUCAACGGGACAAUGAUCGCUUGCAUUCCUAGUCUUGAGAGUGCAGGGUCUAAAGAUUUGGUGCUUCUAGUCCAAAAUAAAGGUGAAAGCACUCUUAAAGUGAAUAUCAAUAUCACAACGCCUGCGAAGAAUGAUCCGAUCAGUCGUGAAAUCUCUAAACACCAAACUAAAAUGGUCAAUAUCUCUUGGACAAUUGGCCAAAACACCAAAAUAGUAUUGAAAUAUGCAAAUGAGACGUGUGUGCUUCACAAUGGCACUCCUCCAUCUGAAUGGAACAACUUUUUACAGCGGCUUCCCUCUUAUUAUAAGCAAGUGACCCCCAUCUAUGUUGCCUACUUUUUGUUUCUAAUAGCACUGAUUGUUGGGGGGUCAUGGGCUUGCUACAAGUUUAGGAAGAGGAAACGGCAUGAAGGAGUUCCAUAUCGGGAACUUGAAAUGGGGUUGCCGGAUUCUGCUUCAGCUUCCAACGUGGACACUGCAGAAGGUUGGGAUGAGGUAUGGGAUGAUGACUGGGAUGAGGACAAGGCAGUGAAGUCACCAGGGGGUCGCCACGUAGGCAACAUCUCGGCCAAUGGCCUUACUGCUAGGUCUACUAGCAGAGAAGGAUGGGAAAAAGACUGGGAUGAUUAGAAUUACUACAACAUUGAGAAAACGACAGUACUUUUAUAGAAGAAAAAUGACACAGUUUGAGAGAUACAAAGAUCAGAGAAAAUUGGAAAAUUGAAUGUAAAUUAUGUACUCUGUAUAAUAUAAAUGUAAACAUCUUUGACAUUUGCUUCCUUGACAUUUGAAGUUGCUGCAAGUGUAAUAAGAUCAUACAGUUUUGGUCGUCUGUACAAUGAGAUUUGGUUGGUGAAAAGGGAUUGAGUACUGCUUGAAAUGAUUUUUGUAUC